AUGCCAUAGUAGUCACACCGGACUGGUUGCUGAUCUUGGUGCCUCUAUAGUUGAUAGGGCUUGUAGUUUGUUAUUAGCUAGCUAGCAUUUCUAUUCGUGAGUUAGCGUUAGCGAUUACCAUUAAACGGAUUCAUUUAGCAUGCAGCAAACAGGCUAACAUUAGCAACACUCAAAAGACUACAGUCAUGACGGACUCUAAAUAUUUCACAACAAAUAAAAAGGGGGAGAUCUUUGAACUGAAAGCAGAGCUGAACAAUGAGAAGAAGGAGAAGAGAAAAGAGGCAGUGAAGAAGGUCAUUGCAGCCAUGACUGUUGGCAAGGAUGUCAGUUCUUUGUUCCCAGAUGUGGUCAACUGCAUGCAGACUGACAACCUGGAGCUGAAGAAGUUGGUCUACCUGUACUUAAUGAAUUACGCCAAGAGUCAGCCUGAUAUGGCCAUCAUGGCUGUAAACAGCUUUGUCAAGGACUGUGAGGACCCAAACCCUCUGAUCCGAGCUCUAGCUGUUCGCACCAUGGGCUGCAUCCGGGUGGACAAGAUUACUGAAUACCUGUGUGAGCCAUUGAGGAAGUGUCUGAAGGACGAGGACCCAUAUGUGAGGAAGACGGCAGCUGUUUGUGUGGCUAAACUUCACGACAUCAAUGCCCAGAUGGUGGAGGACCAAGGCUUCUUGGAUUCUCUCAGAGAUCUCAUUGCCGACUCCAAUCCCAUGGUUGUGGCCAAUGCAGUUGCUGCCUUGUCAGAGAUCAGUGAGUCUCACCCCAACAGCAACCUGCUGGACCUCAACCCCCAGAACAUCAACAAGCUACUGACAGCUCUCAAUGAGUGCACAGAGUGGGGACAGAUCUUCAUCCUGGACUGCCUGUCCAACUACAACCCCAAGGAUGAGCGUGAGGCCCAAAGCAUAUGUGAGCGUGUCACUCCCCGGCUGUCUCACGCCAACUCAGCAGUGGUGCUGUCUGCUGUCAAGGUGCUGAUGAAGUUCUUAGAGCUGUUGCCCAAGGACUCCGACUACUACAACACAUUAUUGAAGAAGCUAUCCCCACCACUGGUCACCCUGCUCUCUGGAGAGCCUGAGGUCCAGUAUGUGGCUCUGAGGAACAUUAACCUCAUUGUCCAGAAAAGGCCUGAGAUCCUGAAGCAGGAGAUCAAGGUGUUCUUCGUCAAGUACAAUGACCCUAUCUAUGUGAAACUGGAGAAACUGGACAUCAUGAUCCGUUUGGCAUCUCAGGCCAACAUUGCCCAGGUGCUCGCUGAGCUGAAGGAAUAUGCCACAGAGGUGGAUGUUGAUUUUGUGCGCAAGGCUGUACGAGCAAUUGGACGCUGUGCUAUCAAAGUGGAGCAAUCUGCUGAGCGCUGUGUCAGCACCCUGCUGGACCUGAUCCAGACCAAGGUCAACUACGUGGUUCAGGAGGCUAUUGUGGUCAUCAGGGACAUCUUCCGGAAGUACCCAAACAAGUAUGAAAGCAUCAUUGCCACCCUGUGUGAGAAUCUGGACUCUCUGGAUGAGCCCGAUGCUCGUGCUGCCAUGAUCUGGAUUGUCGGCGAGUAUGCCGAGAGGAUCGACAAUGCUGAUGAGUUGCUAGAGAGCUUCCUUGAAGGCUUCCAUGAUGAGAGCACUCAGGUCCAGCUCACUCUGCUCACCGCCAUUGUUAAGCUGUUCCUUAAGAAGCCGUCAGAGACUCAGGAGUUGGUGCAGCAGGUCCUCAGCCUGGCCACUCAGGACUCUGACAACCCUGACCUGCGUGACAGGGGCUACAUUUAUUGGCGACUGUUGUCCACUGACCCUGUGACUGCCAAGGAGGUGGUGUUGUCAGAAAAGCCCCUGAUCUCAGAGGAGACAGACCUGAUUGAGCCCACACUACUGGAUGAGCUCAUCUGCCACAUCGGCUCCCUGGCCUCUGUUUAUCACAAACCCCCCAGCGCCUUUGUGGAGGGUAGCCACGGAAUCCACCGGAAACACCUUCCUGUCCAGCACAGCAGCAUUGAUACAGGUGAGAGUCCAGUGAGCGUUGGGCCAGCAGCUGCCAUGGACCAGCCACAUGUGAUCCCCAGCCAGGGUGACCUGCUGGGUGACCUGCUCAACUUGGAUCUGGGCCCUCCGGUCAAUGUGCCCCAGGUCUCCUCCAUGCAGAUGGGUGCGGUGGACCUUCUGGGAGGAGGCCUGGACAGCUUGCUGGGGGGAGACCUGAGCGGAGGUGUUGGGGGAAGUCCAGCAGUGGGACAGAACUUCAUUCCUUCAUCAGUUCCUAGUACCUUUGCUCCAUCACCUACACCAGCACCUCCAGCUGUCAGCAGUGGCCUCAAUGACUUGUUUGAACUUUCUACAGGCAUGGCCAUCACCACUGGAGGCUACAUAGCCCCAAAAGCAGUGUGGCUGCCUGCAGUGAAAGCCAAGGGACUGGAGAUCUCUGGAACCUUCUCUCGCCGCCAGGGUCACAUGUACAUGGACAUGACCUUCACCAACAAGGCCCUGCAACACAUGACUGACUUUGCUAUUCAGUUCAACAAGAACAGUUUUGGGAUGAUCCCCACGAGUCCUCUGCCUGUUCACACUCCCCUGAUGCCCAGUCAGAGUAUUGAGAUCUCUUUGCCUCUCAACACCAUUGGACCAGUCAUGAAGAUGGAUCCACUCAAUAAUCUGCAGGUGGCUGUGAAGAACAACAUUGAUGUCUUCUACUUUAGUGUACUCAUCCCUCUCAACAUAUUCUUUGUUGAGGAUGGUAAAAUGGAGCGUCAGGUGUUCCUGGCUACUUGGAAAGACAUCCCCAAUGAGAAUGAGCUGCAGUACCAGAUAAAGGAGUGCCACCUAAAUGCAGAUACCGUAUCAGGGAAGCUGCAGAAUAACAACAUCUAUACCAUUGCCAAGAGAAACGUAGAAGGCCAGGACAUGCUGUACCAGUCCCUCAAGCUAACCAAUGGCAUCUGGAUCCUGGCGGAGCUCCGCAUCCAGCCUGGCAACCCCAACUACACGCUGUCUCUCAAGUGCCGAGCACCUGAGGUUUCGCAGUACGUCUACCAGAUGUACGACUCCGUGCUGAAGAACUGACCUGCUCUUAUCCACUCCACUUCAUCCUGACAACAAACAGCAGUGUUUUGUCAUGUUCUGUCACCUACAGCCAAUUGCCAAGACAAGGGAAUCCAAACAGUGACUGGUGGAUGCUGAGUAAUUUGUAAUUUUGGAAUAUUUUACCUUUAAUAGAUGAACAAGUAUGUCACCAUACUGCAGUUCUGUAUAACAUACUGUGGAUGUUUCCGUUAUUUUGGCAGUUGAAAACAUUACUGAAUUCUCUUACUCAACUCAUUGCGAUUUUUACCUCCCAGUGAAAACGUGUCUAACAUUCCAUCCUUAACUAAUGGUCUUAAUGUUGUAGAGAUGUGACUGAUAGUGAAACUAUCCUGAGCACAAAACAAACAUCUCCUCCUUUUCCAUGAAGCCAUUAUUAUAAUUUUCUUUUUACAUUUUGUACAGUGUCUGGCUUCUUUGGUUUUGAUUUGUUGUUGAUUGGCUUUUUGAUACUGGCUUUGCUUCGGCUGUACCCACAGAAUAAUACUGUUGAUAUGUUCCUUAUGCUAUUAAUGUGUGUGAAGGAUUAAAACCAUUGUGUUUGUCAGAA